AUGGCGUUCAGCGCCUGGCAGAUCCUCUCGCCGGUGCAGUGGGCCCGGUGGACCUGGUCGGCGGUGCGGGGCGGGGGCAGCCCCGAGGGGGAGGACGGCGGGGCGGAGGAGGACUCGCCGGCGGAGGGCACGGCCCUCGGCUUCAGCUCGGACUCCGAAGGUAAUUUUGAGACCCCCGAAGCAGAAACGCCGACCCGCUCGCCACUAAAGGAGUUCUGCGAGCCACCGCCGGGAUCACCGGAGCCCGAGGCCGGGACCCAAGAGCCAAGUGGCCAUGGUGACCUGCUGGUAGGGGAAGCCCACCGGGACAGCUCGCCUGGGAAGCACCCCAAAGAUGAGGCUCAACCAGAGAUCGGAGCCCCUAAAGCCAGCUCAGAUACUAAAGGGGAAACCGACCCCGAAGACUCGUCCCUGACGCAGCCGACGGCUGAAGCCCAGCCUCCAGCUGCGCUGGGAAGCAGGGCUGACGCUGGCUGUGCUGCCGUGCCUGCCGCAGAGCCGGCCUCGGUGCCCCAUGCGGGCAGAGCCGCCCAGGAGCGGGUCAUGUCGGGAGAGGACGCGGCGGACACCGGCACAGGGCUGGUGGAGCCAAAGGCUGAUGCCCUGGCCCGGGAGCGCUCGCCCAGCCGGGACCAGCUCGGGAAAGGGAAAACACCUUCUCUGGGGAGGAAAACAGAAGAAACCACAGAAGAGACCCCCGUGCCCCAAGCAUCCUACCAGUUCGACCCCGAGCAGUACGACGAGAGUGUAAACCCCUUUGUGACAGGGGGCUGCCGGCUGCAGAGCUCCCCUCCAGCAGCCCCACGCCGCCUCCCCCAUGCCGGCAGCAGCCCUGGUGACCCAGCCCCGGAGCCCAAAGAACAGGUCCCGAAACCCGAGGUCGAUUGUACGGAGUGGGGAGAGAGCGCGGAGGCCAGGAGAGCUGCGCCCAGGAAGGGCAGCAGGAUCCCAGCCAGCAAGCUGACGCCAAAGAGACACCGAGAAGCCCCCAAGAAACCAGCCGAGGAUGCGGAGAGGUGUCCCACGGAGCCACCACCUCCCCGGGGCUCCCCGCGGCGGGGUCCUGUGCUCUGGGACAGCCCAGGUCUCAACCCCUUCGCUGCCAGCUCAGCACUGCAAAACUCGCCAACUCUCCCCAAGGGCUCUUACCAGUUCGACCCCAAUAACUUUGACUCCGUGGAUCCGUUUAAGCCCACCAAGACCCUCGCCAGCACCGCUGCCGAUUCCUGCCCCACUGACGAUAACAGCCUCAACGAAAUCCUCGAGUCUCAGACGCUGGAGGUGCAGGACGAUCUCGUGAAAGGCAGAGACUCCCCAAAGAAGCCCAAGUCGCGCCUGAUAACGACUACUGAACAAGUGAAAUUUCUCUGUUUUCUGUUGAGCGGCUGCAAGGUGAAGCAAUACGAGACGCAGUCCCUGGUCCUGGAUGUUUGCGCUCAGGAUGAAGGAGUGUUGGUCUCAGAAAUCCCAGAUAUUGCAAAUCGGGAUGGACGUGCCACUGAUGAGGAGAAGCUGGCUUCCACCACCUCUGCGCAGAAACCAGCCGGGCUGGAGAAGAAGGGCUUUGAAAAGGAGAUCUCCAAGCAGAUGGAAAAGGAUGGGCCUGGCAUCUUCCCCGGCAAUCCCGGGCUGUGCUCCAUGGACAAGGCCCCUGCGGCUGUCACCAGCGUGAGCAGGAGCGAGAGUCCCCUGGACGGCAUCUGCCUCAGUGAAUCCGAGAAGACAGCCGUGCUCACGCUCAUCAGAGAGGAGAUAAUCACAAAGGAGAUUGAAGCAAACGAGUGGAAGAAGAAAUAUGAAGAGAGCCGCCAGGAAGUCUUAGAGAUGAGGAAAAUUGUGGCUGAGUAUGAGAAGACCAUUGCCCAGAUGAUAGAGGAUGAGCAGAGGACAAACAUGACAUCUCAGAAGAACCUGCAGCAGCUGACGAUGGAAAAGGACCAGGCUCUGGCAGACCUGAACUCAGUGGAGAGGUCCCUGUCAGAUCUCUUCAGGAGAUAUGAAAACCUGAAGGGCGUCCUAGAAGGCUUUAAGAAGAAUGAAGAAGCUCUGAAGAAGUGUGCUCAAGAUUAUUUAACCCGGGUCAAGCAAGAAGAGCAGCGGUAUCAGGCCCUGAAAGUCCAUGCAGAAGAAAAAUUAGACAAAGCCAACGAGGAGAUCGCCCAGGUGCGCACGAAGGCCAAAGCGGAGAGCGCGGCGCUGCACGCCGGGCUGCGCAAGGAGCAGAUGAAGGUGGAGUCCCUGGAGAGAGCCCUCCAGCAGAAGAACCAGGAGAUUGAGGAGCUGACCAAGAUCUGCGACGAGCUGAUAGCGAAGCUGGGAAAGACAAACUGAGUCUCACUGCCCCUCGUCCAGCACUCUGCACUUGGCCGCUUUUCUCGUAACGUCAAGCACCUUGCCUUAUCACCCAGGAAAACCCCCCAGCAGAGAAGCACACGCGUCCAGCUGCCUGCUCCACUUGGCUGCCGGACCCCACG